AUGAAGAAGAAAAAGAAGAAGAAAAAGAAGAAGAAGAAGAAGAGAGAGGAGGAGAAGGAGCAGCAGGCGGUGAGGGAAAAGGAGAAGAAAGAGAAGAAGAAGAAAAAGGGAAAGCAAAAGAAGAAGAAGAAGAAGAAGAAGAAGAAGAAGAAGAAGAAAGAAGAGGAGGAGAAGCAUCAGGGGGAGAAGAAAGAAGAGAAGAAGAAGAAAAAGGAAGAGGAGAAGAAAAAGCAAAAGAAGAAAAAGAAGAAAAAGAAGAAAAAGGAAAAUAAUUAA